AUGUUUUCUAGAACCGCAUGCUUAUCCCUCUUAUCACUUCUCCCAGCUAUCUCAGCCCAAUACACAGCUACUUACUAUGUUGGUGCAUUACCUGAUUCUUCAGAAGAAGGUCAAUCGGGAACAAACGCAUGUGGAACCACGUCUUCUCAAGAUUCAAAAUGUCAAAAUGUAUACAUCAACGCUGUGGACGAUUUCUGUCUUUGGGGUCCACCAGAUACUCAUUCUGAAGAAGGUGAUGGUACUUCUAAGAUUGGAAAUGUGGAACAAAUCGUAGUUUCAUAUUGCCUUAAGGAUGGUUAUGGUACUAGACUUAUCCCUCAAGGUACUAUAUCAGGAGCUCAUUUCGUCAAAGUUCAAUCGGACAAAGUAUCCUAUGUUCAAGUGACCGGUAAUGGAGAUUUGACCAAACUACUCAUUCCUGCUGGUGAUGAGGGUGGUGAACUCGAUCCUCACUCUUGGACCGGUUUAGGUAACCCUCAAGGUGGUUUGGUAUUCUCCAAUGCUUUCUCAGGAAGUUACGAGCAAACUCACGAAUGGACAAGUUUCAUGUCGUCAAACGAGUUCUGUAUUCGAGCUUGUCGAGAUGGACCUAAUGCCGCUGCGUACUGUCAGCACAUCUACGACGUGCUGUCAUGUUCAUUCACUAUUCCCGGUGACAUGGGAGAUGGUUACGACGAAUGUUUAGGUGAACCUACCGAUGAAGCUCCAGGUGUAUACAAUGGUGUAACGUUCCAUCAAGAUGAUCCUACCACGCCAGCACCUCAUCCCGCUGGUGCUACUUCCCAAUGCACACCAUACAACACCAUCGGAGGCGGAAGUGCCAAUCUUAACGCUGUUACUCAGUUGGCUUCUGCACCCGCAUCAACAUCUGCUUCUGCUUCGAUGACAGGAUCAGCCUCAGCCUCAACAUCCACAUCAGCAUCAGCAUCAUCAUCCAAUUCUUCUUCCAUCAUUUCCUCGAGCUCAGCUUCCAAUUCCUCUUCCGCAGCCUCAUCCUCAGCUUCAGCCUCUUCCACUUCCAGCUCGAUAAGCUCAGCCAGAUCAACCAUCACCUCAUCAGCUACCUCCAGAGCAGCUACGAAUGCAGCCGCAGCUAGUGCCUCCGCUUCCGCUUCUUCCGUAAAUUCAGGAGCAGAAAAAAUAGUCAUCCCAUCUGUUGCUAUAGCAGCUAUUCUAGGAGCUGUCGUCCUUCUCUUUUAG